GCCUUAAUUCACGAGUGAAAACAGUGGUUUAUGCAGGGCAGUGGCGGGAGGAGGGACACGCCGUUGGCUCCAUUCCCACCGUCUCUCUCCUCUUCCUCCUCGGGACUACUCAGGGCUGCAGCGACGACGCCUUCGUCAGCGUCCGAGUCGAGAAAUCCGCGACAAACGUUCUCUCUCUCUUCCUCUUUCUCUCUCUCUCUCUCUCUCUCUCUCCGAUUUCGCCUGGAUUAAAGUGGCGUUCAAAAAGGAAACGCGACGCAGUGCCGGACGGACGGACGAACGGACAAAUUCGCGGCAGCAUCGCCAUCAUCAUCACCACCACCGGCAGCAGCGACCGACAUCCAGCUUCCAUUCUUCUGCACCGGGAGGAACAAGAUGCGACGAGAGAGAGAGAGUGGAGAUCUUCAUUUAUUGCCCCUAUCAACAGACUCCUCCUAGGGGGGCUGGGGACACAAGGAAUAGUAUGUCCCUCCCCCCCCCCAGUGAGUUACCACCUCCGAAGGGGGCUGUGGUGGGGGACCGUGACAGAGGGGGAGUGAUGAUCCCGGAGAGGGGAGGAGGUGAGGGGGGGGGGGAGGGAGUGAGAGGGGAGAUUCCGCAUCUCUCCGACCCCCUUCGCAAUGUCCCGUCCUUACCCCUAAGCCGAGGGACCUCCCACCUCCCCCACAGUGAGCCUACCUAUUCGCUUCCAAGCCUCUCUCUCUCUCUCUCUCUCUCUCUCUCUCUCUCUCUCUCCUUAGCUAACGCCAGGAAAUUACCGUAGAUGCGUCUGUGCGUAUAACCAAGGUCACGCCUGCCCAAGUUCAAGGUCGCCAGACACGUGAUUGAAUCAAGAAUCUAAUUAAACUAACGAAGCGCAGACCUGAUGUUUUGUUAAAUGGGCAUCAACAAAAGGAGUCAGUGGCAAGUGAUGAAGGAAAUAUUUACGAAUGAUUAUAUACGACUCAUUCAUAGUGUCCAAAGCACUGAUGAUUUGGAAACGAAAGGAAUGAUGGCUCGCGCGCCCGCGCGCUCGAUACUGACGAACACCGCCGCCGCCCCAUCCGCCCCGGAAGUGGAAUCGUCGCAGGACGAGGAAGUUUUUGGCGAAGGAGGGAUUUCGCCUUCAGAAAAACGACUAUCUUCUGCGUCUGAUCUCUGGGAAACUACUGAUAGUUUGGAUGUCAUUGGCCGGUAAGUAAUCGUGUGUUCUUCCAAUUGUCUUUCUUGCAUGCAAUAAACGUUUCAAAAU